GCCCCUCCCCUCCCCGCCCAGCCAGAGAGACAAUGCUCUGCUGCUCCCAGGCCAGCGCUGGGCUUGCCCUGGCCAAGGCGCCCCCCCGCCCACCUGCCCUGCUGAGUGAGUGAGGGGCUCUUGGCCGCCCUUUCCCUCCUCAAAGAGAACAGGGGAGCUCUCCUUCUCCAUCUUGGGCUCGGGAAAAGGAGAGCCUUGGGCGCCCCCUCCCCAAAGUCUGCCCCUUCUUUCUUUCUCCGCUUCUCUGGCAGCCAGGGCUGGUGGAUGGACUCGCCCUGGGAGGGACCAUGGCCAGCAUCUCCUCUUUUGGCAAGUACACUCAUGCCAUUGUCUGCUGCAUCCCCUCCUCAUUUGGUACAGCAGACACUACAGCAGAUGGGUCUGACAGUGGGGCUGAGCCAGUGGAUCUGGCCAAGGCUCACCGGCAAUACGGUGUCUACACUGGGAUCCUGCGUCAGAAGCUAGGGCUGCAAGUCAUUGAGUUGGCUGCAGAUGAGGGCUUCCCCUAUUCCACGUUGGUGGGGGAUCUGGCAGUGAUACAAGGAGACACUGCGCUGCUCACACGGCCAUGGAUGCCCUCACGACGAGAUGAGAUCAGCAGUGUCAAGAAGGUCUUGGAGGAGCUGAAGCUGCGGGUGGUUGAGGUUACAGAUGAGGGAGCCACUUUGGACGGAAGUGAUGUUCUUUUCACAGGUAGAGAGUUCUUUGUGGGCAUAUCCAAGUGGACUAAUCACAGAGGAGCAGAGAUGGUUGCAGACGCUUUCAGGGAUUUUGCUGUGUCUACCGUUCCUGUCUCAGGCACGUUGCAUCUCCGCAGCUUCUGCAGCAUGGCUGGGUCUGACACGGUUGUUAUUGGCAGCAGUGAUGUAGCCAAGAAAGCCAUGAAGACCAUGGAACAAUUAACAGAUCACCACUAUGAAACACUCACGGUGCCUGAUGAUCCAGCUGCUAAUUGCAUCUAUGCUCGGCUUGGCCAGAAGAGCAGUGUUCUUCUGCAUCGCAGUGCAGAGGAGUACCCCAACAGUGUGCAACCUUUCCAGAAACUUCCAGACUACACCCUCAUUCCUGCUGCUUGCACCGAGGUAGCCAAACAUGGUGGGACUCUCAGCUCCUGCUCUCUUCUCAUCAACAAGAAGCUGGAAAUCUAGUGCCUAUUGAACCCCACAGACAUACAGGUUCUCACCAUCCCUGAUGGGCAACCCCUUCCCUCCGUUCCUAUAUCCAGAGUGACAUUCCUGUUUCUCUUAGCUUCUUUGUGAGGCAAGAAUACCACCCUCCCUUCCAAAUAUGCUAAUUUGGUCGGUCUUCAAUUUUGCAGAUGUUUCUCUUUGUAUUUACAUUGGAUCUUCCAUGGAGCCAUGCUGGUCUCUUUAUUUCUUGUCUCGCUGGCUGCUACUGUGUAUCCUUUAGAAAGACUUUGCCCCAUAGUAGACAGGUUGCUCUUACGUUGGAAGAAAAAUCAUAGUGUGAAACCAGGGGUCAUCGCUUGUCAUUCAGGCAUCUCUGCUCUUGGCAAUGUUUGCUCAAGUGUUUAACUUGUUUUGGACCUUUAAGAGUAGCAUUGCUUUCCCCCCUUUCUUUCUGAUUAUAUUUUGGGGGAUCGUUUUGGAAGAUCCAGAAGGGAUAUCCACCAUGCACUUCUGUAUCCAAAAUACUGACCAAAAUAGGUCUGUUCCUCCCUCUUUCAAAGCCCACAUUUGAAUAGGAGAGCAGACAAGGUUCUAUUGGAGACCACCACUAUUGCAAAUGGUUUCCAACUGUUUUGGUGGGCGGGCCGACACUGUGAUAUUCCCCAAUGGGACAAUCCCAGUACUAUGGAUGUGGGAUUACCUGGAGACUCCUUAAUUUUUGCAGUUACAGGGCCUAAGGUCCGAUGAUUCUUGCCAGAUAGACCAAUACUUCACUAGUGCAUUGUGUAUCCCUUACCCUGAGACCUUUCUGCUCCCUCAGUAACUUGGGUCUAGCAGAAACUCUUAAAGCAUAGUAGGAGAAUGUGUGGCUCUCCAGCGAUUGUUGGGUUGCAGCUCCCAUCAGCUUUAGCCAGUGUGGCCAGUGGUGAGGGAUAGAAGGAACUACAGUCCAAAACAGUCCUGUGACCCACAUAUUUCCCUUCUCUCCCAGCUUCAACAGCCUGUCUUGUUUGACCCUUUGGACUGCUACAUUCGUCUCUGUGGUGCUGCAGUUUGGAAAGAGGGGGGAGUUCAGGUAGAUUGACCCCUCUCUCCUCAACCCAAACUCAAACAAUGGCUUCCCCACUGCCACCUCAACAGGUGACCUCUCUGCAUAUCUUCAGGGUCGAAGCAGCCAUGGAGGAGCAGCUUUGGAAAAAAUAAUGUAUCUGUGAAGGAUGCUGCUUCCGGCGGCGGAGGCUCCAAGGCACUAUAGUGUGUAUGUGUUUGUGUAACUGUAGUUUGAGGGCGUUUGUAGGAGUGUUCUUGAAAGGUGUAGAGGGAGCGCCCUCUGUUGGGGAGUAGGCAUAAUGACAGGUGUAGGACUGUAGAUUCACUCACUGCCUCUUUA